ACUCAAUGUUUACAGACAAACUCCUAGACAAGCUCAUGAACGUGAUUAACAAGCAAAUGGCAGGCACAAAAAUACAGCUUGACAAUCCUACGUCUAACCAAUUGCGCGACAGCAUGAUGGUGCUAACAAGGAAGAUGCACACAGAAGAUGUAGGCUCCUACCUGACCAAGGUCAUAAGACAUAUCGAUACUCCCAAUCUGUUCAUAAAAUCGCUCAUAAAUUACUACCUGAUAAACAUAAAACACAACACAACCGUACUAAUGCUCAUUAUCAAUACCACGCUCAAAGACUUGAACGAUAAUGAUUACUUCAAAAUACAGGGACUAAGAGUGGCAACGAACGUAAAGAACAGCGAUAUACAACAAUUUUUUGUGUCAAGGAUACACAAAUUGAUGAGUGAUAAGAACUUUAUGGUCAGAUUGUGCUCGGUCAUAGCAUCGAUAAGUAUAUUCCAACACAACUAUGACAAAUUUGUGGAGUAUAAAUUCGGAGAGAUGCUUAUGAAAAUGAUGGGAGACAACGUUCUGGCUGUCAGAGAAUGCGUCUUGAUCGCUAUUUCUGUCACCAACAUGGAGAUAAACCUAGAGCUGCUAGUGUCGAAUGCGGAAAAGAGAAGCGAAAAUGAACGAAUCGCGGUCUUAAGAAUAAUCAGAAAGCGGCUGGAAGAGGUAAAAAGAACAGGAACAGACUUUAAAAUGGUUGAAGAGGAUGACAAUGGCGAUUUGAUAUCGCUCAAAGACUAUGGUGAUGAUGAAAUGAGGGAAGGCAGCGUGAAAGUUGAACAUGAUAAGGACAAAAAUAGAAUGACAGGCACGUUUUUGCUCUCAAAAGCUACCAAGAAGUUCUUGACACAUGCUCUACGUUCGCAAAAUCAUGUUUCUGCGAUUCUUGCUGCUCAAAUUCUUGUUCAUUCCAAGGUAUUUCACCAUUUAAUCUUUAAUUCCCUGAUUUAUUUUUUGGACACGAUCUAUUCGCCGUACAUUCUUGAGUUCUUCUUGACAAAUGGCUUGAACUACGAUAGUAAGCAAUUUUUCAUUUUUCAUAACGAUCGAAAGGAAAUAAAACGACUCAAAUUGCUGAUACUCUGCGAUAUAAUGGAUGAACUGGCUAUUAGCGAGAUAAAAAGAUAUCAUUACCUAUUUAACAACGAAAUAUUGGAGUGUUUAAUACUGAAAGAGUACAAAGACCAAAAUUUGAUCAAGCGGAUAAUUGUAUGCGGUCUGGAAAUGGACAAUAGUGCGGAUUGCCAGCUGUCUAAUAAGAGUGAUAGCGAAAAAAAGCUUUUUGUAGAUGAGUACUUGACUAAGAGCACUUUGGAAAUGCUAGUGAAGCUUCAAUCGAAGAUAACAUUCAAUAUAGAUGAUAUCUUAUCAGAUAUUGAACCAAAAAAUAAUGAUAUAUCACAUUAUUUGGUUCUAGCCCAACAUUUUUUGGCAGGUAAACCAAAAACCCUUGACUACAUCGAAAGACAGAAAAUGACGUUUUUACAGUGCACAGAAUUGCUGAAUUUUUAUCUUUCAUUAACAAAACGAGGGAUAUAUCUGGAUAUUCCAGAUAUAGAAUGGCCAUCUGCUCUUACAUCCAGGGUCAACUUACUGCGUGAAUAUAAUGAGAAGAAAAAACAAGUAUCAAGUAUAUCCGAGAACGCUAGUUUCGUACUUGAAUAUUUUUCAACCAGUAGCACUGUUCCUGAUGGUAAGUUGUCAAGCGCACACUAUAAUGACACCAACAAUAUAGGUGAGAACUACCAACAUGCUCCAUCCAUGGAUGAUGGCAUAGCAGUGGAAAUGUCUGUCCCCUGCAAAACAUACAAUCCUGACAAUGAAAACUGCUGUACUGGGAGUGAAAAGCUGUUGUUGCAGGAAGUUCUUCCGCGAAUAGAACCAAAGAUGGAUAAAGAGUCGCAAGAACGGCAAAAAGCAAUAGAUUUUGCGGGAAUAAACAAUUACCGGAAUGAAAUGUUUAAUACCACUGACCACGGAACACAAUCGGAUGUUUCGAUUGUGAUGAACACGAAAAUCUUGGCAUCAUUGAGCUCGUUUCCAGAAUCGGACAAUUCGCUACAUUUAGGUGAUGAAACAGUAAAAAAUAUGAUUUCUGGCACAAAUACAGAUGAACCAACAAAUAUUACGGACAUAAAUGGUAAUAUGGCAUCUAUUACAGUUAAAGAAUGCACCGUCGCAUCUCAGAGAAUUCUUACUGGCUCAGACAAUGCUGCUAAAGUCAUUUGUGACAAAAGAGAAGAUUGCACAAGCGAGUCAUUGCCAGAGAUGAUGCACCUGGAAACACUAUCAAACGAGUAUUUUGACGGUGUGAUCUAUUUGGCUGAUAAAAUGCUAUACUUGGACAUAAAAGAACUCAAAAAGAAAUUCAGAUUCACAUACAACAACCGUGGCAUCACGGUUGACAAGAAGCAGAGAGUGGGCAUCAAAAGGAUAAAAGAGGAUGACAUAAACAAAGUCAUAAACUACAAAACGAACACCACUUUUCGUAGGCUGCAUCUCUGCAUCAGCAAGUUCAUCAAGCCUAAGGAAGUUUCAAUGGAUGAAUUCAUCAAAAAUUUCAGCUAUUUAGCCGAUUAUGAGAUUCUCAACGUGGACAGCGUCAAUUAUUUGAACGUUUACUUCCUAGAUAGCAGAAAAUUCUGUUUCUCGGUGUUUGACAAGUGGUUUUAUGGUGAAAUAUUUUCUCUUCAAGUAAUUCUGAAAUCAAAUAAUAGGAAAUACUUGAAAAUGAUAAAAGCAAUGAAAUUCAAAUAGGUUCAAUAAAAG